AUGAAGCUGCCUACCCCAUGGGAGACGGGGAUGAUCGUCUUCCUAUUCCUAGUCUUCCUCUCUCCCUCGGCCAGAGCCCAGAGCUGCGGCGAUCUUUGCGCACACACGCCCAGCGGGGGCCUCUACACCCAGGCCAUCUACAUCGCGCAGGGGUUUCAAGUGACCCAGCCCAGCCGCAUCACCGCCUUCACCGUCCAGCUCCAGAGCCCAACGGCCAACGGCACACAGACCCUCGUCUCUGCGGCCCUGCACGCGGACAUGAAUGGGACCCUGAGCAGCCAGCCCUCCGCACAGCUGGUCAAUGCAGAUUUCAACAUCUCCAGCCCCGGGGUGGUCGGCCCGGGCACCACCCAGACCUACUACGCCACCGCCGGAAGUUCAGCGCCGCUACUCGACCCGGGCUUCUACUGGCUCAAGCUCACCCUGCCCUUCAACCUGAUGGCCUGGCACCAGGCUAGCAACACCUACGUGCCCGACCUGACCGGCCCCAUCAGGUACACCAAGUUCGUGUCGUCGGGCUCCCCCACAGACUGGGCCGUCCAAUCGACCACGACCACUGCCUAUCUGGUGCUCACCGGCUGUUACCAGCCUCUACCAUCGCCUUCGCCCUCACCAUCGCCGUCGCCCUACGCGAGCGCCGCCCCAGCGGUGCAGCUGCUGACCACGGACGUCAGCGCCAGCUUCGACGACCAGGCGCCAGCGGUGAAUGUCUCGGCAACAUCGGGCAGUCAGCCCGCCGUGGUCAGCUCCAGCUUCAAGGACAUCGACAUCAACGGCUCGACCCUGCCAUCAGACGGUCUUGGUGGCUACACGGUGGAGAGCUCGAACACGACCGGGGUCGGCGGUCAGGUGGAGACUACGACCUACGCGUACAGGGCGCAGAUCGAUGCCAGCACGACCAUCGAGCAGUCGUUCACCUUCAGCAACACGCCCAAGCCCGGCGACUUCUUCGGCAGCGCCUACGUGCUCGCGGCCGGGUCGGUCAAGUGGUCAGUCAACCUUACGGCGGCCACCACUUCGGGCGCCGGCUCUUCCACCUCCGGAGGCGUGACCCUGCGCUACCUCCUCGCCGGGCUCCGUGCCAGCAACUCUAACUCGAGUUCCGCCAAUGGGAUCGUGCGGCUCACCGAUUCGCCGAAGGCCAACAUGACCACCUACUUCGUCCAGCUCUCGGCCAAGUCGGUGGCCAAGGUCGAGGUGUUCGAUAUCGCCUUCAUCGACGGCGCCGGCUUCCAGUACAUCACCCACGACAUUCUUGCCAUUCCUACAACUUCAGCCCCGGGCGUGGCGUUCGAGCUGGUGCUCCGCUUCCCCGGCUUCAACGAGUCGCUGCUCUACGACCCGAGCCUGGGCCUAGGCGUGCUGGUGGGCUCUUCGAACGGCGAAUCGGGCGGCAGCGACAACAGCGCCCUGAUCGUGGCGGUGGCCGUGGCGGUGCCAUUGGCGGUCGCGGUGGUCGUCGUGGUCAUCGCCGCCGCCAUCGGCGUGGCCUGGUGGCGCAAGAGGCGUGCGCACGGCGAAGGCGUCGUCAACUUUGAGGGUGGCGACCACCGGACCCCAGACCCUUACCAAUUGUGA